GUUCUCCGCAUUAGCGGCUACAAGGGUCUGAGCGCUGCAACUUUCGGGGACUGGAGCUCCAAACGGUGUCGAUCUCAUAGUGCAGCAGGUCGAACGUCGUCGGGAAAAAAAUCGCGACCUGCCGCCGGCUUGACGACGACCAAGGCAGCAGCACCCAUAACCCCUACUCCGAGGAUGAGCCGCUCGACAACAAGUCGCCGUUUGGCGAGCAAACUAUAUUCUAGCCUGUCAAAACCAUCAAUACCGAGACCACGAUGCGCUGCGGCACAGCUGACCCAGCCGUUCUCGAUCUCGUCUCGCCGGCGAGCAGACGACGAGGGCAGACCCGAUCUCCUCCUCAACCUGAACAAGCUGCAAAAAACCUCCACCACAUACGCCCCUAGGCCAACUCCGCCCCAGAAAUCCCCCAGUAUGAAAGACCUCCUCCAGGUCAUGCCGGCCGCCCAGGUGGCCUCAGGUCGCGCUGUCAACGACACACGGGCCGUCAACACUUCCGUGCUCGAAUCAGGAGAUGGCCUCUCAGGCGGCGCUGAAGACUCGAACGAGCAGGGCGGGGAGCCGUAUCACUUCCACAUCUACAGCCACAAGCACAACACCCACGUCACGGUGACGAAGCCGAACCGCGACGCCAUCGUGUCCCUGUCGUGUGGAAACCUCGGCUUCCGGAAGAGCCAGCGGAAACACUACGAUGCGGCGUACCAGCUUGGAGCAUAUGUCAUUGACAAGUUGCAACAGCAAGGCUGGCACAAAAAGAUCAACUCGCUCGAGGUGGUGCUAAGAGGGUUCGGGCCUGGCAGAGAAGCCAUCACAAAGGUCAUUCUAGGAAACGAAGGCCGCUUGCUCAGAGAGAAGAUUGUUAAGGUGUCGGACGCGACAAGGUUGAAGUUUGGUGGUACAAGGAGCAAGAGGCCCAGACGUCUGGGCUAAAGAACUUGCCUGGGCCAUGUGAUGGAUGGGCCGUGGGGAUGGGUUGUGUCAAUCCAGUAAUGGUCGAGGGCAGCAAAGAUGUCAUCUACUUGGUUUCCCCGGACGGCAGCUUGUGUAUGUGGUGUCAGGGCUCGUGGUAUAAUCUGUUUCUUUCUUGCAGUAACACCGCCCGACUGUUUGAGAUCACAGCACAUCCUUGCGGAAUCCAUAUGGCUUGCUUACCUGCCGCACCGUCACCCUGUUGGAGCCUUUGCUUCAGGAUGUCAUGUUAGGUGCGAUGUUGCAUGCCGGACCGUAGAGUAAAGCUCGUGUGAAGAGUAUGAGAUACGUGUACAACCCUGGGAUGACGUUGCAGAGUCCACACC